CAAAAAGUUGGCUGAUUGAAAUCCACUACUGUUCCCCAUUCCAAUGCGACCCAAUAUUUGAACGGGCCGUAAAUCAAACCCAGCAUUUAUGGGCCGCGUGAGUUUGUCCAAAUACGCUUCUCAUACAACCAAAUUCGUGCGACUGCAAACUCUUCAUUUCCAAAGCUUAGACUAAAAUACCAGGAAGAAUGGAGAAUAUAUGCGUGCUAAUGACCUGUCCAAUGUCCGCUUACCUCGAGAAGGAGCUCGAGAAGCGGUUCACGCUCCUCAAACCCUGGGAAGCCCCUUCCAGAGCCGAAUUCCUGAACCGGCGCGCUGGGUCGAUCCGAGCCGUGGUGGGCAACGCCAAGCUCGGCGCCGAUUCGGAGCUGAUCGACUCGCUCCCGCGCCUCGAGAUCGUGGCGACCUACAGCGUGGGCCUGGACAAGAUCGACCUCGACAAGUGCAGAGAAAAGGGAAUUAGGGUUACCAACACGCCGGAUGUGCUGACGGACGAUGUGGCCGACGUGGCCAUUGGGCUGGCGCUGGCCGUGUCGAGGAGGAUUUGCGCUGCCGACGGUUUCGUGAGGGGCGGAUUGUGGAGAAAUGGGGGUUUUCAGCUGGCUACCAAGUUCAGUGGCAAAUCUAUCGGCAUAGUCGGCCUGGGCAGAAUCGGCUCUGCCAUUGCCAAACGAGCCUCGGCAUUCAACUGCAGCAUCAGCUACCACUCAAGAACCAAGAAACACAACACAGACUACACUUUCUACCCAAACAUACUCGACUUGGCUGCUAAUUCGCAAAUCCUAAUCGUCUCGUGCGCCUUAACGGACGAGACAAGGCACAUUGUCAACCGACAGAUCAUAGACGCGUUGGGGCCCACAGGGAUUCUCGUAAAUAUAGGGCGGGGCCCACACGUAGAUGAGAAAGAACUCAUUUGGGCCUUGCAUGAGGGCCGUUUGGGUGGGGCCGGGCUUGAUGUCUUUGAGAACGAGCCCAAUGUGUCCGAGUCGUUUUUUGGGCUGGAGAAUGUGGUUUUGUUGCCUCAUGUUGGGAGUGAUAGUGUGGAAACUAGUGAGGCCAUGGCUGACCUUGUUGUCUCGAAUUUGGAGGCCCAUUUUCUCGGGAGGCCGCUUUUGACACCUGUUGUUUGAGUAGAGUCGAAUAUAGCAGCCAGUCCUCGAACUUUUAUCACUCGAUUUUUCUCCUUUUUUUUAUUUUUUAUUUCUUGAACUAAAUUUUAGUGUUACCAGAUUUUUGGUAAUUUUUUGUAGAUCAUUUGGCUUUCCAGCUAAUAACUGUUGAUGUUUUCCUGAUUUUGGUUUAUGUCAUAUGGCAAUGGUAAAUGGAAGGAAAGAGAACAAGUUAGAG